CGCCCUAACAUGACGUCACGACUCACCUGUGGGUGGGUGUAGGAUCUGGGAUUAGCUGUAGCCGCAGGUAAUAGCCAAACAUUGGAAACUCACGGCAACACAAGACUAACACGAGACUGAGUUUUACAACAAAAAAAAGGAGACGACGCGAGUGAGCCAAGUUGCGUUGUUCGGUUAAGGCUUCAGACUUCAGGUUUGCAAAGUUUGUUGUUUCUUGGAAGUCACCUGGAAAUCUGUGGGCGGUCGAAAUCCGUCUUUCUUUCUCUGUUUGAAGCGCUAGCAGAACUUUUCUCUGUGAGACUUCCGCGGUUUGCUCGCCGAACAAGUUAUCUGGGAUAAAAGACAACCACAAGCGUUUCCUCCUAUGCGGUCCCAGGUAUUGUGAGCCAUGCCUGGCCACAGCACAGGGGCUCCCCAGGUGUCCUGCCACCAUCAACGCCAUAGCGCCAGAGCAGAAAAGCACAGACCAUCUUGGACUAAAUCCAAGGACAGCACGGCCAGCCAAGACUCCUACAAGGAUCCUCGUGGGGAGCAUCUACAUCAGAACCACACUGAUCACAUCCGGUAUUCAGAAUCCGAAUGCAAGAAUGGCCGCAGCAGAGGCCACCCGCGAAAUGGCAAAGGUCGGGGCUCUGAGACUAUAGGAUUUAUUCCUGGGUCUGCAGACGGUACGCCCACCGGCAGACACGCCUGCGGCUCCUGCGCCUCCAUCGGCUGGACUGGCUGUAAGGCACUUAUCUGCUGUGUACUGACCUGUGGAUUUUAUGGCAGCCGAGAGCCCUGCGUGCCUGUUAAUGAGAGCUCCACAGACCAUCCUCCUAAAGCAAGCAGCGAGCCACAAACUCCUAAUGGCUUAGCUGUGACCAACCCCACUUGUGGCAUGGCUUUGGAGUCCAGCAAGUCUACCAAACCCUCUAAGUUGCCCACGAGUGACAGCUUCCGCUACCCUGAUGUGCGCAUUGGGGGUCGGACAGUACAGUAUAAAGUUGCUCCCCCCAAACGAACCCGUACACCCGGCAAGGGGGAAACCCAGCGGCCAGUCAGCAACACCAGCCUGUUAUCCCGUGAGGACUACGACUUAGAUGACCUGAGUGACACAGGUACAGACAUUGACUCUCUUAUCACCAAGAAGCUGCUGGAGCUUUACGCCCUGCACCAGAUUGACCAGCUGGCCAAGUGCACCUCUGACUCCUCGUUCUCCCGCAAGACCAACGAGAUCAGCGAGCUCAUCUACAGCAUUGCUCAGGACUACAACCUUGAGGAGCAGGAGGCAGAGUGCAAGCUGGUGCACGGAGUCAUCCGCAUCAGCACGCGAAAGGGCAAGAGAAACAAGAGCCAUCAGUCUACAGGACAGCGUACUAAUGGGAGGAGUGACGGGACUCUCCCUGACAGUGGCAACGAAACCAUGACCAACACUUUCAUGAGCAGUGACUUUCCAGAGGUGAAAGUGUCCGAGCAAACGCCAUCAGAUGAGUUGGCGAGGAAAAUGAGACAUUACAGCGGGAGAACUUACUCCUCCAGCACCACCACACCCUACUCGCCCUACCACGACACCGAAACAGACUCUUCAGGCGCUCCUCUUCUUCUCUGAAGGGGGACAGAGACACACACAAGUACUUGAACUGACAAGUGAUUUUGCUAACUAAAUGGACAAUGUUACCCAUCUGCUGUCAUUUUUGUUGUUGCUGUUACUGAGUGGAGCACCUUUUACCCUGGGUAGUGGAACUUCUGCUCAAAGGGGUCUAGCUAAGGUUUGCUAUUGGGGUGUCAUUUAAAUUCACUGACCUUUUUUUGUUGUUUAUUUUUUUAUAUAAUUUUUUUUAUCUCUCCACCAAAUGACCAAUGGAGGAAACAAUUGUUUUUUUUACACAGGGAAAGACAAGGCCGUUUCUAUGUAUUUGUAUGCAGUGUUGUUUCAAGUCAUUUUCAGAAAAGAGAACAUUACUACACUCCAUGCAAUCUUAGCAGUCAGGCCAGAGGAUAGAUACGGUGGUAGAACAUAACCGUCCUCAUUCUUGUCUAUGAUUGUUUAUACAAGCCAUUGCGCCUGCACUGUAAAUAUGUAUGUAUGUAUGUAUGCAUGGGCUUAUUAACGCCUGCCAGUUAGACUCCUCAAAAGCAUGUUUUGACCUAAAAACUGCAUUGUUAAGCCAUAUUUUGAUGUACAUAUUUUUAUGUCAAUGUUGCUGUGUUUUUUUUAACCAUGUGUGGCAUUUGGCCACAG